CGGAAAUGGAGCCAACCACCUUCCGGUCACCGCUCGAGUCCCGUGCCAUCUUGUAUUUAGCAAAGAACAAAAAAAAACGCUGUAAGAAACGAGCCCGACUUGGUGAAGUGGCGCAGGUUUUAGGUGGUAUUCUGCUAGUUUUUGUUUACGGGAGGUCGGGUGUUACGGGACAGUGAUGCUCGGGAGCGCGGCACCGCGGAGAAACAUCAGCCACACCCUGGAGAACAGCUAACGUUAACGUUAGCUCGUGAGCUACCGAAGCUAAGCUAGCCAAUUAGCUAAAGCUAGUAACGAACCAGCUAAACUAGCGGUUAAACCGUCGAUCAAUUCCACAGUUGGCCCUUAAGUUGAAAAUGGACCGGACGUCGUGUUGACCAGCAGCUGACCGAGAAGCCCCGGGCUAUGAGGACAGAGGCUCGGUAGCUUGGCUAACAGUUUGUGUUUCGUUCCCGCAGUGGAACCACAAUAAGCCGCGGCCCUGGCCAUGCCCUCGAGUGUACGGGCGGGCAAUCUGAAAGACCCCGAGGUGGCAGACCUCUUCUGCAAAGACGAUCCGGAGAAGCUGUUCGCUGACCUCCGUGAGAUCGGACAUGGCAGCUUCGGAGCCGUUUACUUUGCACGAGAUGUUCGCAACAAUGAGGUGGUGGCCAUCAAGAAGAUGUCGUACAGCGGCAAGCAGACCAACGAGAAAUGGCAGGACAUCAUCAAAGAGGUGAAGUUCCUGCAGAAGCUGCGCCACCCGAACACCAUCGAGUACCGAGGAUGUUACCUGAAGGAGCACACGGCAUGGCUGGUGAUGGAGUACUGCCUCGGCUCGGCCUCGGACCUCCUGGAAGUUCACAAAAAGCCGCUCCAGGAAAUAGAAAUAGCUGCCAUUACCCAUGGUGCAUUGCAGGGAUUAGCGUAUCUUCACUCUCACAACAUGAUUCACAGGGACGUGAAGGCCGGGAACAUCCUGCUGACGGAGCCCGGUCAGGUCAAACUGGGAGACUUUGGUUCUGCUUCCAUUGUGGCUCCGGCCAACUCCUUCGUGGGGACUCCUUACUGGAUGGCUCCUGAGGUCAUCCUGGCCAUGGACGAGGGCCAGUACGACGGCAAGGUGGACGUCUGGUCUCUGGGCAUCACCUCCAUCGAGCUGGCGGAGAGGAAGCCCCCCCUGUUCAACAUGAACGCCAUGAGUGCUUUAUAUCACAUCGCUCAGAACGAGAGCCCCAUCCUUCAGUCCAACCACUGGUCGGACUCCUUCCGCAACUUUGUGGAUUCUUGCCUGCAGAAGAUUCCCCAGGACCGGCCCACCUCUGACGUGCUGCUGAACCAUCGCUUCCUGUGCCGCGAGCGCCCGCUCACGGUGGUCAUGGACCUGAUCGCCCGCACCAAGGACGCAGUGAGAGAGCUCGACAACCUGCAGUACCGCAAGAUGAAGAAGAUCCUCUUCCAGGAGACGCAGCUGAAUGGGCCUGUGUCCGAGGGGGGGGAGGAGGAGGAGGAGGUGGAGCAGUACCUACUGCGUACUGGGACAGUGAACAGCAUGGAGAGCUCCCAGUCUGUCCCCAGCAUGUCCAUCUCAGCCAGCUCCCACAGCAGCUCGGUCAACAGUUUGGCCGACGCGUCCGACGACAGCAGCAACGAGAUGGCCAUGAUGCAGGAGGGCGAGCACACCGUCACCUCCAACAGCUCCAUCAUCCACCGACCCACGGGUCAGGAUAACAUCUACGAUGACCCCUACCAGCCCGAGAUGGACCAGCCUCAGGUUCCCUCAGCCGGACGCCGACGGGCUUACUACCGCAACAGGGACCACUUUGCCACCAUUAGGACCGCCUCCCUGGUGACCCGUCAGAUCCAGGAGCACGAGCAGGGCUCGGCGCUGCGGGAGCAGAUGUCCGGGUACAAGCGCAUGAGGAGGCAGCACCAGAAGCAGCUGAUGGGGCUGGAGAACAAGCUGAAGGCGGAGAUGGACGAGCACCAGCUGAAGCUGGACAAAGAGCUGGAGAACCAGAGGAACAGCUUCUCCUCUGAGGCCGACAAGCUGUCCAAGAAGCACCAGGCCAUCCUGGAGAAGGAGGUGAAGGCGGCUCUGAUGGAGGAGAAGAAGUUCCAGCAGCACAUCCUGGGCCAGCAGAAGAAGGAGCUCACCGGUCUGCUGGAGUCCCAGAAGCGCCAGUACCGCCAGCGCAAAGACCAGCUGAAAGAGGAGCUGAGUGAGAACCAGUCCACCCCCAAGAGGGAGAAGCAGGAGUGGCUGAUCCGGCAGAAGGAGUGUCUGCAGCAGAUGCAGGCGGAGGAGGAGGCCAGCCUGCUGCGGAGGCAGCGCCAGUACUACGAGCUGCAGUGUCGCCAGUACAAGAGGAAGAUGCUGCUGGCUCGACACAACCUGGAGCAGGACCUGCUGAGGGAGGACCUGAACAAGAAGCAGACCCAGAAGGACCUGGAGUGCGCCAUGCUGCUGCGUCACCACGAGUCCACCCAGGAGCUGGAGUUCAGGCAGCUGGGCUCGGUGCAGCGGACCCGGGCCGAAUUGAUCCGGACUCAGCACCAGACGGAGCUGACCAACCAGAUGGAGUACAACAAGCGGCGCGAGCAGGAGCUCAGGCAGAAGCACACGGUGGAGGUCCGGCAGCAGCCCAAGAGCCUCAAGUCCAAAGAAAUGCAGAUCAAGCGUCAGUUCCAGGAGACCUGUAAGAUCCAAACCCGUCAGUACAAAGCCCUGAGGAACCACCUGCUGGAGAGCACUCCCAAAUCCGACCACAAGGCCGUCCUCAAACGCCUCAAAGAGGAGCAGACCCGCAAGCUGGCCAUCCUGGCCGAGCAGUACGACCACUCCAUCAACGACAUGCUGUCCACACAGGCUGUGAGUAAGCUCCGUCUGGACGAGACCCAGGAGGCCGAGUACCAGGUUCUGAGGAUGCAGCUGCAAAAGGAGCUGGAGCUUCUGAAUGCCUACCAGAGUAAGAUCAAGAUCCACACGGACAGCCAGCACGAGCGGGAGAUGAAGGACCUGGAGCAGAGGGUGUCCAUCCGCCGGGCGCUGCUGGAGCAACGGAUCGAGGAGGAGAUGCUGUCGCUGCAGAACGAGCGCUCGGAGCGGAUCCGGACCCUCCUGGAGCGCCAGGCCCACGAGAUCGAGGCCUUCGACUCGGAGAGCAUGCGGCUGGGCUUCAGCAACAUGGCGCUGAGCGGCAUCCCGGCCGAGGCCUUCAACCAGGGCUACCCGACCCCCAGCCCCUCCUCGGGCUCCGGGGGCUGGCCCUCGCGGCCCGUCCCCCGCUCCGGGAGCCACUGGAGCCACAGCGUGCAGAACCCGGUAGCCACGCCCUCCUGGCGGAGCCAGAACCACGCAGGAGGAGGAGGAGCAGGAGGAGGGGGGGGCUUCAUCCGGGCCGAGUCCAUCGCCUCCUCCCACGGCCUCGGCAGGGACAGCGAGCUGCACAAGAGUAGCAGGAGCCACCCGUCCUCCCACUCCUCCUCCCAUCACCACCACCACCACCAGCAGCACCAUCAGCAGCAGCAGCCCCCGCCGCAGCACUACCUCCCGCAGCACUACCAGCACCACCAGAGCACGCCGCAGCUGUACCGCGAGGGCCACGACAGCCGGGAGCGCUCCAGGGAGUGGGUGGGGGGGGGGGGAGGAGGAGCAGGAGGAGGAGGCCACUACCCCCACCACUCCCAGCUGCACCACCAUCACCACCACCUCGCCACUCACGCCUCCUCCCAGUCCUUGGCUCUCCUGCCUCCGCCGCCGCCCCCACCGCCAAUCUCUCUCUCCUCCUCCUCCCCGCCCUCCUCGGCCUCCUCGUCCUCCUCCUCUCAGGGAGGCUACAGCGGCGGCCUGAGCAUCCGGGGCCCCGGCCUGAUGGCCCUCAGGAACAGCCCCCAGCCUCUGAGGAGGACGGCCUCCGGGGGGCCCGGGGGAGGUGGGGGGAGCGACGGUGGGCUGAGCAGGAGCACGUCGGUCACCUCCCACAUCUCCAACGGGUCUCACCUCUCCUACUCAUGAAGCCCAGGUCUGUAGAAACGUCUCUUUCUUCAGGACGCCCCAAAAGAAAAGAAAACCUUUUGAUUUAUUGUUGUUUUAAGAAAGAAAACCGUAAAUAACUUUGUGCCACAUUGAAUCCGCGUCCCAGACGGUGCGUUCAAAGACCCCUGUAAACUAUGUAAAUAACAGACUGUAAACCCAAGUUUCUUUUGUUUUGAUCCGUAACUGUUUCAUACAUUAAUUUGUUUUCUUUUUUGAGUGAUGGAUAAGAAUCUGUUAACUGAAGAGACACUGGCACCUCGUUUGACCCCCAGUGACCCCCACCACUUUCACCUGUUCUUAAAGGGACAGUCCGACACUUUAAAUAAAUUCAAAAUCCUCCUAAAUUACUGAGGCACAUUAAGAUAUAUAUCCAUAAAACACAUUUCAGGCACAAAAAUACAUCAAACUUAACGGUAUAUCAGGAAAAAAAUGGAAGACGUCAAUCCGUGAUUAUUUUUACACAUUUCUUUGUAGAAAAAAACAUGAGAUUUUUAUUUUUAUUAAACCCCUUAAAUAGUAUAACAUUGAUAUAUUUUUCACAAAGAUGUUAAAAGAUGGAUUGAGCAGGUUUUGUUUAAUCUUAAGUGUUUUAUUUACUCGUCUUUUUAAAAGAGUUCUCACUCUUUAAUUGAAUUCAAUCAUUGUGUUCAUAUCCUGUUCCAAAGAUCCAAUUAUUCAAAUGAGGUGUUUUCUUAAAAAAUAAGUGAAAUAAAACAGGAAAUAAAAGUACUUAAAGUGGGUCAGAAAAUCCAUUAAGAAUGACUUUUCAAACUGUCUGUUGUUUAAUAAGAUGACGUUUUGAUUGACUCGCUAGCUUUUGUUUUGAUGAUGGAAUGUCGGACUGCUCCUUUAAAGUGUGUGUGUGUGUGUGUGUGUGUGUGUGUACAGUGGUUUGUAUGAAUAACAGGAACACUAUUUAUAGACAUGUACAUAGAGCACUAACUGAGACGUGUUAGAGAGAUAUUAAUAACAAUGAUCAUUAUUACCUCGACUGCAGCUGGAAUAUUUAUGUCGGUUUUUAAGGUGUAGUUGCCAUGUUUGACCACUAGGUGGAGGAAUAAGAGCAAUGUUACUGUGAUAGAGACUGAGGACUACAUUUCCCAACAUUCCUCUGGAGGGCCGACAGCCACAAUGUUCUUUGUUUUCUUGAGCCAGUUUUACAAAGUCUGCGCCGUCGAGUCUAAUAUUAAUGAUCCUAUUUUACGGAUUCUUUCUCCGUUUUAUUUCUGCAUUUAUUCCUUCAACAAAAAACACACACACUGAAAGAUAUGAAUCCGCAAAGUAUUCAAUUAUUAAAAUUAUCAUUAUUAAUAAUUUAAAUAGAAAUCUAGAUAGAAAUAGUUCAAUGGCUUUAAGUUUGUUAAAACUAUUUGUUAGCGCUCAUCUACGAUGAGAUAAACAUGUUUUGGAGUUAAAUACUUUAUGGGCUCAAUUGAUACUUGAACACUGUGGAUCUUUAUGGGGAAGCCAACUGAUCUGGAAUCUGCUCCUUUAUGAUAAAACAUACUUUGAUACUUUGCUUCGUUGCCGACGGAGACGACAAACUUCUCCCUCAAAACAAAGCAGAGGUUUGUGAGAUUUCAUUUUGCCAACUUUUUAUUGUUAAAUGUAUUAUUUUGUAAAGUUUCAUUCCGUCGUUUUGCCAAUUAAAGCUGCUCCUGCUCUUCUGUGAGCAGUUUAAAGACAUCGGGAUUUCUGUGUUUUUGCUGCCUCGACAUAUAAGAACUGUUCAGGAUAUUCUUUUGUCUGGUUCUUUGUCAGCAACUAAUGUUCGUUUCUAAAAUGUGCUGAAUAUCUCCUCAUGUUUUGUCUCUGAGCUGAAUUUGCGUUGAAACUUCAUCUUUUUUUUUGUGUUUUUACAAAAUGCCUCAAACUUCUUUUAAUCUGAGUCGUUGGAUCUUAAAGUGAAUUCUGUGGUGCGUUCAGGGGAGGUUUGACAUUUGUAAUCUAAAGCAAAUGUAAUCCAGAAGAGAAACCACAAUCAAAACAUUUAGCAAGUGGCAAAAAUUCCCAAAAUGCAUUGCUUUCACGAAGACCUCCUGUACGCUGAUGUUCGCCCCCCAAAACCUGAAGAAGCAGUGACUGCUCCCUUUUUUUUCUUCUUUUUUCGUGGCCACAGUAAACUGACAUGGUGAAGAGGAGGAGGAGGAGGAAGAGGAGGGUGAUGAAUGGAUUUUUAUGGCAGGAGUUUAAAACAUUCAGGUUCAAAAUGUUUUGAGAGACGAGUUGUACAGAAACGUAACAAAAUAAUUUUGGACAAAUAAAUGGAACAAAACAAG